GGACAUAUAGCAAUGCUAUGAUUGAACUAACGAUUUAAAAUCUAUUCAAUUUAGUGUUGUUGAUCAAGUUGCGACUAGUUAAGUGAAACAAUAACAGCAAUAUAUUAAUAAUUACUGAAUAAAUUGAUUGUUAUUUGAGUAUUAAUCAACUGUUUUUACAAUGAAGUACUCGACUGGACUCAUCUUUAUGGUUACAUUGAUCAAUGUGUCAAUAUGCUCAUCAAUGCGAGAAUUGGACUUUAUGAAAAGUUUAUAUCCUUAUACCGGUAUACCAAAGCCGAUAUUCAUUACCCUUGUAAACAGACGAAUUUACCAAUUGAAUUCUGAGUGCAAAAAUGAAACACUCUCAGAUGCAACCAAAGCCUUUUGUGAAUCUACGGAUAAAUCAUUAUCGCUACUCGUCAAUUGGGCCACUUCAAAGGGUACAAAAGGCAAUAAUCAAACGGUUGUUAGUUUGCGUGAUGAAGAAAGCCUUGAUCUGUUUGAAUUUUACGAACAAACUGUGGAGAUCUUGAAUAAGGUUUAUCCACAUUUAAACAUUGCUAGUGUUGAUGAUUACAGCACAAACUCAUUGGCUUCAAUCGAUAUUUAUCACUUCCCGAAAAAUAAAUUUCAAGCUUUGAUUGAUGCUUAUAUUGGUGACAUUAUCUUGGUUUGUGAUUACGAAGAAUCGAAUGGAAAUUCCAAACGAAUUAAUAUGGAGAUUUUCGACAGUCUAACCUCGUUAUCCAAAGAAGUACAAAACCUCAGUGGUAAUUAUUGGAUUGAUCAACAUAUUGCACUUCGAGCAUUGGAUCAAUGUUUGAAGCGAUUCGCUAUCUUGAUAAAGCUUUUCAGACGAGAUUUCCUUAAAAAUUGAAGACAAUUUUGAAGCUUGUCUCUAAAGUAAAUACAUUAAUGAAUUAAAUGCAAAACUAACUUUAAUGUGAAAA